AUGGCACCUGAAGGACUGAAGGCGAGCGACAAUCUGCUGCUAGUGCGCUGGGAGCAUCAUGAGGUGGAGAUGCUGCAACAGUUCUGCAGAUACUUCGCAAACAACGCGUUUGUAGAUGUGACGCUUUGGUGUCAGGGCCGCAGCUUCAAGGCUCAUCGGAUCCUGCUGUCUGCAUGCAGUGAAUAUCUAGAGCGCGUGCUGCUGGAGCAGCCGCGCAGCAGCGUGGACCCCGUGAUGGUGGUGGUGCACGGCGUCGAGCUGGGCCACCUGCUCGACCUCAUCUACAGGGGCGAGGUGCGCGUCUCGGCGGGCGAGCUGCCGCGCUUUCUCGAGUGCGCCAGAAUACUUGGCGUACGCAUGCUGCAAUCGACCGCACUGCGCAUCUGCGCCGCCCUGGCCGACACAGAAGCUGACCCUGCCGAAGGACAACUCGUGAGGAGCUCCACAACCGAAAAGCAGGUUUGA